AUGUGGACCCCGGGCCACGGGCCGGAGCUCCGGCGGGCUCGGCCGACGUGCGGCGUCGACGACGUGGACGAGGCGAGAUUCAAUCCGCUGUGCCGACGCGCCCGCGGCGUGGAAGACGACUCGGAUCCGUCCGAAUCCGACACGGGAUUCGACGACGACGACGACGACAGCCACAGUAGCGAGUGCGAUCUGGUGGAGAACGUCCGCCAGGCGCGACUCAACGCCCUGCGCCGGCGGCGAGACGACCGGGAGGAGAUCCGGCGCCAGAACGAAACCCUGGACCGCAUCCACCGAGCGCGUCACGCCGAGCGGGAGAUGGCGAAGGAGCUCUCGUCGAUGCGGUUCGAAGCCGAGCGCAGGCACACGCUCGCGUGGGGAGACGACGCCGAGGUCAGGGACAGGGAGCGCGCCGCGGAGAGGGCCGCGGAGGCCAUCGGCGACGCCAUGGACGAGGAGGAACUCAUCGAGUCGACACAACGCGGAGCCGGAGGAGACGGAGGAGUCGCACGCGCCGCCGAGGAGGCCCACGCGUGGGCCACGCACGACGAGGCGUGGGCGGCGUUCGAAGCGAGCGUCCGCGACGGCGCGAGGGUGAGGACGCGCGACGUGCCGUGGCCCCCGGGUCACGAUCGCGGCGGCGACGGCGGCGGCGGUGGGACUCUGCUGGCGUCGCUGGCGCGAUGCGAGCUCGUCGAGAGAGGAGGGGGCGGGGGUGCGGGUUCAUGCCGGGGCGGGUCCGAGGACAAGAGGCUCGCCGCGUUCAGACGUGCGUUCAAGCGCGCGUCGCUGCGAUGGCACCCGGACAAGUUCGAGGGUAAGUUCGGCGGCGCGCUCUGCGACGAUGUGUGUGGCGACGAUGAUGACGGGAUGGUCAGGACGGGCGGGACGGGCGGGACGGGCGGGGAAGGACGGGGGGAGACGCACGCGCAGCACAUCAGGCGCAGGGUGCGGUGCAUCGCGCAGGAGAUCAACGAUGCGUGGAGCGCCAUCGUUGCGUUUGCGCAGAGGCGGAAUUAUCUGAUUCUAUCUCUUUGGGCGAACGUUCCCAUCGAUUUCAAGGCGCGGUGGAUAGCGAUCGCAGUCUGGAUUGAAGAAAUUGGAUUUCAAUUUUUCGGGUUAGAUUCUCGUGAACCUUUCGCGGGAUAUUUCCCAUUCACAGCUGACAGCCUGUACGAUGGAGACGCUGGAAUUGAUCCACAUUGCCUGUCUCUGAUCGCAUAG